AGGGAAGGAGAGGGAGAGCGAGAAGGAAGGAGUUUGAGAGGCGGGGCCUAACGCGGAGCCCGGAUGCCGACAGCCGUGGACGGUGUACAGUGUUGUUGACUUGCACCUCGGCGUCGAGUCGUGGUGAGAGUGAUCCCGAAACACUCACCCUUGUUUAAAGAACUGCCCGUUGCUCGUGGAUAACCCAACUGUCCGGUAGUAGUCACUGGCCAUUUGUGAAACUGUGUGUCUUGAGUACUGCCAUGCUCUCUUGAAAUAGGACACCCAAGGUUGUACAGCACACACUCACCCACGCGCAGCAGAAGGUUAUAGCAUCAUGAGCAGGCAAGGGGUUGCAUCGCAAACUUGGGCCAUGUUUACGGGGCGUUUCUCAGUGCAGAUGCUGUUGGCUGCUGUGGCUGCUGCUUUCCUAACAACAUUUGCUCUCGUGAGACUCGAUGUGUUUCCCUCAUAUCCUCGUGACACACACACCUACAGAACAGCCGACUUGGUUAACAUUAAAGAUGUUCCGCCCCAGUCGAUGGCUCGUUCCGUGGGUCCAGAAGACGUGGUGGUUCCCUUCGACUCCCUAAUGAAAGGACCUCUCACCAUCGACCAGGACGAUCCGAGACUCAUCCAGAGAAUCAAGACGCAGUACGUGUACCCACCCUCGGACCUUCCCUACGAGCUUGCCAAUAAAGCCAAGGAUGACCCGUCGAUGGGGCAGUCGAAGAAAAUACGCGAGAUCUUGGGAGAAAAGACGGAGGGAUUUUUCAUCGAGUGCGGAGCGUUAGACGGCGAAACGCGAUCGAACACUUUGGUCUUCGAGAAACGCUAUGGCUGGAAGGGAGUCCUGAUUGAAGGGGAUCCGAAGAACUUUAAUCUGAUGAAGGAGAAGCAUCGGAAAGCGUGGUCCGUCAACGCCUGUUUGAGUACCCAUCCUUAUCCUAAUACUGUAAUGUUCAAACAGAGCUUCAACAUUGGGAAGAUCAGUUCGCUGGAGACUGGCCACGAGCACAGAGGUUUUGCCGAAGUCCAGUGCCUGCCUUUAUAUUCCAUCCUCCUCGCCCUCAACACCACCAAGGUCGACUACUUCAGCCUCGACGUCGAAGGAGCUGAACUCGACGUCUUGCGAACGAUUCCUUGGGAAAAAGUCGACAUUACGACGCUCUCCGUGGAAUUCAUCCACGACAAGGAGGGCAAGGACGCCAUCAGGUGGUACAUGGAAGGCAACGGGUACAAAGUGUAUUCCGAAGUCACUCACCCGGGGAGUCUGGCCAACGACUUCAUCUUCGUUAAAAAAGAUUUCCAGAGCAACGGUGUUCAGAGUUAACAAGUUGGGAGUGUUAUUUGGUUCAUUUUUAGGAUUCCCUCUUUUUCGUUCUUUUUAUUAUUAUUAUUAUUAUUAUUAUUAUUAUUAUUAUUAUUAUUAUUAUUAUUAUUAUUAUUAUUAUUAUUAUUAUUUGUGUGUGUUUUGUUUUGUUUUUCGAGAAAGGAUCGAAUAUUUUAUCCUAACCUAACCUAACCUAACUUAACACGGGAUGGAAUAGCAGGAUAGUGGAAUGACAAGAAUGUUAACGUUGUUAUGUGGAUAUAUAUGUUUUUUUU